AUGGGGGAUAGGAAUAUAUUUUAUCGCAUAUGCUGUUCUUGCUGCAGAGGAGAUGAACCAGAAGAAAAGACUCCAAUCAUCAGCGACACGUUGCUCUACUUUGCCCAGGAAGCUCAGCGCAGGAGAUCAGAACAAGCAAAUUUGUGGAGUGAACCCCAUGAUACAUCCCACAUGGAGAGGGAUGAUGACCGGGAACUUUACAACUUGCUGCAGAAGCGGGCCAAGACACGGAGGGGCUCUCAGGGUUACCGCCGCCUCAGCUUUGACAUUCACGCAGUUCGCCAGGAACGCAGAGACGUACUGGGGAAAUGGAAGAUAAUUUUAGAAAACCUGGGUUUUCGCGCAGAGUCUGACAUGCUUCUGAAUGUGACAUCUGCAACCUCAUACAGCAGCAUGCGAAAUGCUCCCCAGGCAAAGAAACUGCUGGAUGUCCUGGCUCAAGAAACCUCAAUAUUUGAAAACAAAAUGCCAGCAGAGAGAUACAUCUUUGUUCUGGACAGACUGAUUGCAUUGGAUGCUGCAGAAGACUUUCUGUCAAAGGCCAAAACCUAUUAUCCUCGAGAUCAAAGCCCUGAGCUGGAGAAUGAGGGGCAGGAUUCAGCUGUUGUUCUAAUUAAAAAAUCAAAUGAAAUCAACUCGGUAACUGAUGAGGAACUGGAAGAAGUUGAUGAAGAUGCUCUGCUCUCAAGAUUAUUGGAAUUGUAAUCAUAAAUGCACCAUGGAAUUCCUGAUUCAUGUUUUCCAAAGAUUGCAGCAAUUAUUCUUCAUCUUCCCUGUUGGAAUUUACACAAGAUGGAAAGAAAUUGCAUUUCUUUCUCAGCCUCAGUAUAUUCCAAAGUGCUUUUACAACCAAUGAAGGACUUUUUGAAGUGUAGUGUAAGAAACGCAGCAGCCAAUUUACACAUAACAAGGUCCCACAGACGGUAAUGUGAUAAUCUGUUUUAAAUGUUAACUGGGGUUAAAAAUUAACCAGACACUGGAAGAACUCCCUCUGCUUUCCUUUCAAAUUAUGUCACUGGAUCUUUGACCUGCAUCACAGAGGAAAAUCAAUAGACAACAGUUGAGGCAAUGCAAAAUAAGAGUUCAAGGUGCUCUUUAAAUGCAGGUUGCUGAGCUGAAUGAGGUAUUCUCUGUGUCUGCGUGUAUG